GGAGGCGGAAGUGGCUCGGACUCUGACCCUCCUCGUGCUGGCCCUGGGCUUCCCGCGAGGAGGCGGCGGCCGUGGAGGCGGAGGAGAGGCCCGAGUUCUCCCCCCAGGCAGCCGCUGGGCCUGCGACGAAGCGCCGAGAUGAUGGCCCGCGGCCGGCAGAUCUUCUCCGUCUACUGGAAGCCGCUCUUCCAAGGCCGCCUCCUGCUGGUGACCAACACUGUCAGCUGCGGGGGGCUCCUGGCUGCUGGGGACACGCUCCGCCAGGCCUGGGAGAUGAGGCAGGACCCCAAGCGCAAGCGGGAUCUGGCCCGCACAGCCCGCAUGUUUGCCAUUGGCUGCAGCAUGGGCCCCCUAAUGCACUACUGGUACCUGUGGCUCGACCGCACCUUCCCCGCCGCCGGCUUCAGCGGGAUCCGCAGCGUCCUCAAGAAGGUUUUCAUUGACCAGAUGGUGGCCUCCCCGGCGCUGGGCGUUUGGUACUUCUUGGGGAUGGGCACUCUGGAGGGGCAGACGCUGGACCAGAGCUGGCAAGAGCUGGAGGACAAUUUCUGGGAGUUCUAUAAGAUGGACUGGUGCGUGUGGCCCCCGGCGCAGCUCAUCAACUUCCUCUUCCUGCCCGCCGCCUACCGGGUGCUCUACAUGAACGUCAUCACCCUCGGCUGGGACACCUACCUGUCGUACCUGAAGCACCGGGUGGGUAAACUGAGGCAGCGGCGCAGGGCGCAAGUUUGGGGUCUCCGGUGGAAAGAGGGGUAACCCAGAACUGCAGCCUCAGAUUCUUUGAAUCCCUAAGCACCUAUCACUCAGCCUGGAGGAAAACGAGGAAGCCGACACAGUCGAGAUGGAAACGACCGGGUGAACGAGGGCCACUCACUUCUGCCAAGGUUGGAUCCAGAACUCGUGCCGGAGCCAGCUUGGUGCCCCACCAGAUUGGUGACUGGAUCUGGGAAGCAGGCGCCGUCGCCCGGGUGCGCAGCCUUCUCUCCUCCCAGCCGAGGCCUCGACUCCCUCUUCCAGCAGCGCCUCGGAUCCUGAAACGGGCUGGGGGGCAGAUUUGGCACGGGCAUCUCCUGACUGCCAACCCCGGUCCUUCCCAAUUCAUUCGAAAGUGCCAGAUCUUUUUGCACGUCCCAAUUAAAAGAAAAAGCAGGUGGCCUUUUUUUGCACGCCGUUGCCAAGA